UUUUUUUUUGUGGAAGUCAUAAGCAGCUGCGUCUGCGUGUUAGAUCUAGAAUUCACAAAAGAGUUGCUUUCUUUAUCAGAUGUGCGUGAUUAGGGAUUCGAACCACACCGACGAAUGAGCGUUCACUUGUACAAUUAUUUAAUUUGAGGCAACACUUAGCUGAUCCCGCGAUCGUAGUCGUAGCACAUAAGAAGGGAAGGGUCACCAGUCUCUUCCCAAGGGUUAAUCCAUCCCUAAACACAUUGAACUUGUCAAUACCACCAUUGCCAAAGUUAGUUGAAUGAUAUGCCUAGAGAGAUGGGAGCGCACCAGUACCACCAGCCUCUUCAUCCCCACAGCCAUAAACCGUCGUCGAGCAAAAACCCUGGCUGCUUCCUGUCCAAAGCCGUCUGCGCUUGGCUCGCCUGCGGCUUCCUCUCCUUGGCUCUGCUCCACCUCCUCUGCUGCAGCCCGGCCGGCAACCAACGGCCGGCGUUCUCUCCCCUGCUCAGUUACAUCAACAACACAUACUCCUUCGUCUCAUCGGUGCCUGGAGCUGGAGGAGCCAAGAGCUGCAACUACUCGGAGGGGCAGUGGGUGUGGGCGCCGGGCCACGCGCGCCGGUACAACGGCAGCCAGUGCGACGUGAAGGAGAGCCACGACUGCAUCCGCAACGGGCGGCCUGACACGGGCUACCUCGACUGGCGGUGGCAGCCGGCGGGGGGCCCGUCGUCGUGCCCGCUGCCGGCGUUCGACGCGGGGGCGUUCCUGUCGGCGGUGCGCGGCAAGCACGUGGCCUUCAUCGGCGACUCCAUGGCCCGGAACCAGGCGCAGUCCCUGGUCUGCCUCCUCAGCGCCGCGUUCCCGAGCCGGCUGCUGCGCCGGGACGAGGAGAAGAAGCACACCUUCUGGCGGUACGCGUUCCCCGCGCGCGACGUGACGGUGUCCUUCUACUGGACCCCGUUCCUCGUCCGGGCCACGGGCAAGGCGGAGGACGAGAGCGUCCCCUACAGCCACGUGCACCUCGACCAGCCGGGCGACCGCUGGGCGGCCGACGCCGGCACGAUCGACGUGGCCGUGCUCGCCGCCGGCCACUGGCUGCUGAACGGGGCCAUCUACUACAGCGGCGGCGAGGUGGUCGGCGCCCACAACGCCCCCGCGGGGCUCAACUACACCGGCGUCGGCUACGCGCGGCCGCUCAGGAUGGUGUACCGGAAGGCGGUCGAGCGGCUGAGCUCCUCCGAGUCCGACGGCCGGCCCCGGACCCUGGUGCUGGCCACGUUCUCGCCGGCGCACUUCGACGGCAGCCCGAUCGACAGCCCCACGGCCUGCACCAGGAUGGAGCCGUACAGGGAAGGCGAGAAGGAGGUGGCGUGGAUCUGCAAGGAGGUCAGGGACAUCGUGUACGACGAGGCGGAGGCCGCCAGGGCGAGGGGCGCCAGCGCGACAAGGGUCGAGGUGCUCGACGUCACGAAGCUGGCCACCAUGCGCCCAGACGGGCACCCCGGCGUGUACAUGAACCGCGACCCCUUCAAGCACGGCGUGCCGGAUAAGAUCUACUCCGACUGCCUCCAUUUCUGCCUGCCCGGGCCUGUCGACACCUUCAACGAGAUAUUACUGCAGAUCCUGAGGAAGAGGCGGUGACCCUCCCUUGUUAUUCAGCCAGCCACGCUUUUGUAUAAUUGUUGGGUUCCUUAUUCAGCCAAGCCAUCCAGUUGCCAUUGUCAUCUUUUUUAGCCAGGACAAAAGUAAAACGGUUAGAAAGAAAAAAUAAUAAUAAUCAGCCAGAUCAA